CAGACUUCUAAGACACGAGGAUUGACUUGUCCUUCCUCUCAUCCUCUCUAUAAAGAAAGUGUGCUUAGUUUGGUUCAGUUUCCAUGGAUUCGGGGUCUGUUAUAUCUUCUACUAGUGCCUGCUCAAUCACAACUGGUGGGAAUCUCUGGCGGAGAAAACAUUCCACAAAUAAUAUUUACUAUGCAAGUUCUUGUGCGUCAAAAGCUUCGAAAUACAAAAAGAAAACUCAAAUAGAAUGUAAUAUUUUGAGGUCACAACAGUCAAGUUUGAACCAUCAUUACAAGCGCAUCGAAGGAGGGGCAACAUAUCAAGAUUGCGAUAAAAAAUACGUUGUGAAAGCAAUCCCUGAACCAACUUUUGAUUCUGAACCUUGUGCUUCCAAUCCCGAAAACGUUGUGGACUCUGCAAAAAAAAUCUUAGAUGUUUUCUACCAUUUUUGCUAUCCAUACUCAAUGAUUGCCAUAAUAUUAUGUGCAAUUUCUUCGUCUCUACUUGCGGUGGAGAAACCAUCAGAUAUAUCUUCAUCAUUUCUUAUUGGUGUGUUACAGGCUUUAGUACCUCAUUUGUUUGUCGCAGUUUUUGCUAACGUUGUGAAUCAAGUGUUCGACUAUGAAAUAGACAAGAUAAACAAACCAUAUCUUCCGUUGGCAUCUGGACAAUUAUCAUUUACAACUGCUGUCUUCAUUGCUGCAUCACUUUUAAUUAUGAGCUUUUGGCUUAGCUUGGUUAUAGGUUCUUGGCCGUUGAUUUGGAAUGUUGUAUUGACCUCGUCAGUAUGGAAUGUUUAUUCAAUCAAUGUGCCCCUGUUAAGAUGGAAGAGACACCCGCUGCUUGCGACAAUAUGCACAAUUUCUGUUUGGGCAUUUAUAUUGCCAAUAACAUUUUUCCUUCACAUGCAGACUUUUGUGCUGAAGAGGCCAAUUGUCUUUCCAAGAUCAUUGAUUUUCUAUGUUGUAUUCAUGAUCUUCUACUCUCUGGGUAUGGCAUUGUCCAAGGAUAUAUCUGACGUUAAAGGAGAUAAAGCAUACGGCAUCGAUACUUUCGCGAUACGUUUGGGUCAAAAAUGGGUAUUUUGGAUUUGCAUUAUCCUUUUUGAAAUGGCUUUUGGAGUUGCCCUCUUGGCAGGAGCAACAUCUUCUUACCUUUGGAUUAAAAUUGUCACGGGUCUGGGACAUGCUAUUCUUGCUUCAAUUCUCUUGUACCAAGCCAAAUCUAUAUACUUGAGCAACAAAGUUUCCACUAGAUCGUUUUAUAUGUUGAUCUGGAAGUUGUUGUACGCAGCAUACUUUCUCAUGGCUUUAAUUAGAUAAGGAUGUUGAGGAAGGUUAAAGCAAUGUUCAUAGCACAUUUGGCAGAAUAAAAAGAAUAUGGUAUGCAUCUAAAUUUAUUAAAACAAUAAAAACUGUAGAGAUGUGUGUACCCUGGAUAGUAAUUUGCGAACCAUUAAACUCUUUUUUUAAUUGUGUGAAGACUUUAAUUAUAUAUAUUCUCGUGAAGACUGACUUCUAUAUCAUCAAAUAUUUGUAAGUGCAUGGAAGUCAAUCUGAUUUGAGGGAUGCUUCUAGUUCAUAUGUGAAGGAAGAAAGAAUAGAGGAAGUUCACUUCUGUGUUCAAGUGAAAGAAA